AGUGUUGUUCGAGUGUACUUGCAAAUGCUUGAAUGAGGCAGUCCAACGUGAACACGUUUUGUACGCUGAAUGCCAUCUUUUGGAAGAAAAAGAGACUUGCUCCGUAAACAUUGGACAACAUGGGUGCAAUGGAUAUCCUGGCUUCGUUGAGCGAAAACCCCUAUUUUGGUGCCGGGUUUGGCCUUUUUGGGGUGGGAGCGGCGGCAUCUAUUGGACGAAAGUCCUUUCAAUCCAUGGUGUUGCUCUUCAAGAGGCACUAUGUCACUACUCUAGAGAUCCCUGUCAAUGAUAGAAGCUACCAAUGGAUUUUGCAUUGGAUCACCAUUCGAGGAGCCACCAAAACACAACAUCUUAGUGUUCGAACCGCCUUCAAUGAACUCGACUCGGGAAGGGUGAAAUCUCGAUACAAGCUCAUUCCGAGUCUUGGCACCCACGUAUUCAGACAUGAAUCCUCUGGAACAUGGAUCAAAAUCGAUCGCACGAGGGACCAACACCAAACCGAUAUCAUAGGAGGCGUUCCGUGGGAGACCGUGACUCUAACUACCAUAGGAAAGCGGCGACAACUCUUCCUGGAUAUUUUGGAAGAGGCACGCCUAGAGGCCGGGAAGGAGCACGCGGGUAAAAUGAUUACUUAUACUUGUGCCAGUGGCGAUUGGAGACAAUUUGGCGAAGCCAAAACCAACAGGCCAUUGACAUCGGUGAUUUUGGAUAAAAAUGUGGCCGAGUCGAUUGUUCAGGAUGUCCAAGAAUUCCUCAAGAGUUCAGAUUGGUACCAAGACCGGGGGAUCCCAUACCGUCGUGGAUAUUUACUCUAUGGCCCACCCGGUUGUGGAAAGACCUCAUUUAUUAUGGCUUUGGCAGGCCAUCUGGAUCAUUCGUUAUGCAUCUUAAAUCUUUCGGAUUCAACUCUGACUGAUGAUCGUUUAGCUCAAAGGCUGGCAGACAUACCUCAGGAUUCGAUAGUCCUUUUGGAAGAUAUUGACGCUGCAUUCGUAUCUAGAGAGAAUGCUCGAAACUCGCAGGAAAGCACCGAAACUGCCUUUCAAGGUUUAAGCCGUUUAACGUUCAGUGGUCUUUUGAACGCCCUGGACGGCGCUACGUCUUCCGAGGGUCGAAUCUUAUUCAUGACCACCAAUUAUCGAAACAGAUUGGACGAAGCCCUCAUCAGACCCGGAAGAAUAGAUGUUGAGCAAUUGAUUGAUUGGUGUACUGAACAUCAAAUCAGGGCUCUUUUCAAGAACUUCUAUCCUGAAGCGAAUCCAACUCAACAAGCUCAAUUUGUAGAGGGUUUACUGAAUCCUUCCGAAACAAAUCGCUCAACAAGUCCGGCCAAGAUUCAAAGCUUCCUCAUGCUCCAUAAAUCGGGACCAAAGGAGGCUUUGGAAAAUCUUCAUGAAUGGAACAAAUCAAUGCGUGCGACAGACUCACCUCAAGGGAAAUGAAAGCCUCGGUCACCCCUUCUUUAGAUGCAGAGACAGAUUCGUUAUGAUCCUGGAAGGCUUCGAAUGUUUCUUUCGCCUCCGUCUUGUUGACUUUCUUGCCAAGUUUGGACCAGUUUUCAUCUGGAGGUAAAAAUAUCAAAUUUUCAAUUCACAUCUAGUUUUCAAUCAAUCUAGAUAUCCCUCUCAUUCUCACCUAAAUGCAUGAGAAGCUGCGCUGAAGCGGGGAGGAAUGUUAUGUAUGAUUCAUGCCAAUGUUUCCAUGUGGCUUUAUUGUUCGUGAGACAAUCUUCCAAACACUUCAAAGACUCUUGCUUGUAGUCCUCGGAAUAAUUUUCCGGAUCUUGAACCGUGUUUUGAACUCGACGGAGAAACUCGGUGAAAAGCUCAUGAUCAUUGGAGCAAUCUCCGAUGGAGAUAACCUAUGGGGAUAUGGGGAAAGAGUGUACAUUUUAGCACUUUCAAGCAAUCUGAUAGGUUCAAGAGUGAUAAUAAUUACCUUGAUCGACUGAUACUGACUCAGCAAGGAGGCCUGAAGCUCCUUGUUCAAGUUAGAAGCAUUUACGAACAUUGCGUCGAAUACUUUCAAGAAUUGGGACGAACAUAAAAGUCGGGUUUGUCCGCGGAUGCUGGACUUGUGACGCUCAAGAA